AUGUCGAAGCGAGUUUGUGGUUUGUGGAUCUAUGAGAUCUAUGGUUCGGCAGCACUUUAUGCAUCAAUGAGAUUGGUGUUAGCCUUAAUUCGUUGGACUUCAAGGCUGGCCCCGAAGGUGGUGACAAUUGUGGAGCAGGACCUGAGCCAGUCGGGUUCCUUCCUGGCGCGGUUCGUCGAGGCCAUCCACUACUACUCGGCGCUGUUCGACUCGCUGGACGCGAGCUACGGCGAGGACAGCCCCGAGCGGCACGUCGUGGAGCAGCAGCUGCUGUCGCGGGAGAUCCGCAACGUGCUGGCCGUCGGCGGCCCCGCGCGCACGGGCGACGUCAAGUUCGUCGGCAGCUGGCGGGAGAAGCUGGCGCAGUCCGGGUUCUGCGCGGCGUCGCUGCUGCUGGGAAUGUUCCCCUCCGACGGGUACACGCUGGUGGAGGAGAACGGCGCGCUCAAGGUCGGGUGGAAGGAUCUCUGCCUGCUCACCGCCACCGCCUGGCGCCCGAUUCAUCAGGCCCCGUGCCGUUAA